GAAAAGAAGAAGAAGAAUGAAGAAUCUGAAUCGUACGGCAAGCACUCAUCCAUCUACUACGCCGCCCAGAUCAUCAUUUGACCUCACUCGCUCCUCGUCAUUGCUCUGUCUGAUCUUUUCCCAAUUCCGGCUCCGACAGAUCUCUCCUUCACUCGGACUUUCCCUUCUUCCGCUUCCCCUUUUUUCCAAUUCAGGCUCCCAAUUUUACUGACGGUGAUUUCUACCUGGUAUGCUGUUUAUUCCUGCAGAUCAAAUUUACAGUUGCUGAGUGGACUUUUUGCUACAGAAUUGUCCAUUUUAUCUCCACUUGAUGGGGACCGAGGAUUUCAUUGCAUUGCCAGCUUCUGGUGAUUCUGGAAAUGAAACUGAAAGUAAUGAGUCUCUUAGUUUUCAUGAAACAAGAGAUUCUCAAUCAAGUGUUUUGAAGUGCAAGGACGAUGAUGCAAGCACGGAGAAGGUUGAGCUUGCAGAUGAUGUACCGUCGGAAGAUAUGCAUUCCAUACCUCAAUCUGACCUUAUUGAUGAAACACAACGUUCUGAUUCAGAUAUGGAAAUUGAAGAUUUGAAUAACCUCCCAGAUUUUAAUAAGACUAGAAGUAGAAGUGAGAAUAAUAAAAUACUGAGUGAAGCUGAGUACCUGCCAGUCAACUCUGCAGAUGAGAAUAUACUACCAAGCAGUGAGCCCUUGCAGCAGAAUGAGCUUCAUACGAGAUAUGAAGAUGUUUGUCAUGUUGAAAGCAGAAAUUUUCAGAAGGAUUUGGUUGAUAAUUCAUCCUUCUUGAAAACUGGUUGUCAAUUGACUGUAACGAAUGGAGUUUCAAUUGAGUUCAACAGAUUAAACUCUGGAGUUCCCAUUGAGAAUGGUUUGGCCUCAUCCCAUCAACAUGGAGGCCCCAGUAAGAUUCACAAGAGUGAUGCAAUAUCAGGUGUUAAAAGACCAAGGAUGGCCAUGGAUGAGCAACAACCUUCAGUGCACAUCGUGUAUACUUCUUUAACAAGAGAUAGUAAACAAAAGCUUGAUGAAUUAUUAAAGCAGUGGUCUGAAUGGCAUGCUCAACGUGGUUCUCUAUCACAUGAUGAUAAAGACUCUGAAAACCUAGAAUCUGGAGAAGAGACCUUCUUCCCUGCUCUCUGUGUCGGCACAAAGAAGACUUCAGCAGUGACUUUCUGGAUUGACAACCAAAGAAGUGAACAGCAGCAGAAUUUUGUUCCUAUAGAUGAUAAUUCUGUGCCACUAUAUGAUCGGGGAUUCACUUUGGGAUUGACUUCAGCCAGUGAUUCGAGUAAUGUGGAAGGAGGCCAGAAGAUAAUUGAUGAUGCUAGCCGUUGUUUCAAUUGUGGUUCUUAUAAUCAUUCCUUAAAGGAUUGUCGAAAGCCUCGAGAUAAUGCUGCUGUUAAUAAUGCUCGCAACAAGUAUAAAAAACAGCAUAGUUCUGGCUCCCGCAAUUCAACUCGAUAUUAUCAGAAUUCUCGUGGAGGGAAAUAUGAUGAUUUGAGGCCAGGAGCUCUUGAUCCUGAAACACGGCAACUGUUAGGUCUCAAGGAGCUUGAUCCGCCCCCUUGGCUUAACAGAAUGCGAGAGUUGGGAUACCCACCGGGAUAUUUAGAUCCGGAAGAUGAGGAUCAGCCAUCAGGGAUUACUAUAUAUGCUGAUGAGAAGACCGAUGAACAAGAAGAUGGGGAAAUUACUGAGGCAGAGUACCGUAAACCAAGAAAGAAAAUGAGUGUCGGAUUCCCUGGCAUAAAUGCUCCCAUCCCAGAAAAUGCAGAUGAAAGACUCUGGGCCCCCGAACCUUCGAGUCCAGGUCUCCCUCGAAAUCGGUCGAACCAGCGCUUGAACCAUUACACAGAAUAUGAUGCAAGAGGAAAUGAUCACCAUCAACAACGAUGGUCCCGGGAUUACAGAGACGACAGACCACCCGGUGUUGACUCGGUAAAAAGUCCUCCCACAUUCACUCCAAGAUAUGGUAGUCAUGAUUUUAGUUAUGACUCUCAAACUCCAAGAGGUAAUUUUUCAACAUCAAGGAGCCCUAAUUUGGGGAGGCCCCAUUCAGAUAGAGGUAGAAGAAGCCCACUGCUUGAUGAUGAUUACUCAAGAUAUGGCUCUUCUUACAGUUCUUCCCUGUUUUCACCACCAAGAAGACGCUAAUAUUUGGAGAUUAACAGCCUUUGUAGAAACAAAAACAUUCUGAAUGAGUUGAGGCUGUGAAAUAAUAUUUAUUUCAAAGCUGGUGAAGAAUAUUAUUAACUUUGCAGAUGACGGACGAGAGAUAGAAGCCUCUGUAUAAAAGAAUCAUAGUUUGGUGUAUCUGAAUUAUUAGUUGAUGAAUUUGCACCUUCUGUUGUAUAUUAUGAGUUAUUCACUUUAGAAGUUUUUCAGCAGUAGAGCUAAGAGAUCAGUGAAUAUUUUAGAGUGAUUCUUGAGUUCGAGUCGAAGAAGCAAGGUCGCUCAAUCAUUAUUAAGGAAUUUGAUUGACUGGCUGAACAAUACGUCAGAUCAGAAGAAAAUGUUGUUUGUAUGACUAAUAUGAUUUUAGGUCAAGGAAAACACUAGGAUUGUUUAUUUCAUUGGGAAAAAAAAGAGUGGAUUUUUGUAUAAUCAAAAGAAUAAUUUGUAGUAUCAUUUAUCUUAUUUUGUUGUUUUCAGGUGGAUCUUCAAUUAUCCUGUCAGGGGUUCUUGAUGAAGCAACUCAUCAUCAGCGAGGCACAAAUGGGAGAAAAGUCGAUCAUCAGGACAAGAGUAUAAUUGUUUUGGUUUCAGUAUUAACUCUUCCUAUUUUAAGAAA